CCUUCGUCCCCCGCCCUCCAUCCCACACAACCCAUUCCCCAAUCCCCAAUCCCCAAACCUCUCUCCCCCCUCGACUCCUUCCCGUCCAGAUAUCAUAUUCCCUGCCUCGAUCCCGUCCCGGCCGGCCGGCUUCCACAAGCUCCCCAGGCUCUUCGUCGUCGUCGCGCGGCCCGGGUGAUCUGUAGAGAGAGCGUCUCGAUUUGAUUCCAUGGCGCAGAGGGACAAGAAGGUGGAGGAGCCGACGGAGGUGCAGCUGCACGCGCCGGCGGAGAUCACGCUCUGCGCCAACAGCUGCGGCUUCCCGGGCAACCCGGCCACCAACAACCUCUGCCAGAACUGCUUCCUCGCCUCCUCCUCCUCCUCUUCAUCCACUGCCGCGUCUCCGCCGUCGCCUUCUUCCUCGUCCUCUUCGCCUUCGGCGCCGGCGCCGUUCCCGCUCUUCGACAAGCCGAGGCCGGCCCCGUCUUCCUCGGCGCCGGCGGCUGUUGUUGUUGACGGGCCGGGGCCGGCGGCGUCGGCGUCGCGGUCUUCCGUGAACCGGUGCCGCAGCUGCCGGAAGCGCGUGGGGCUGACGGGGUUCCGGUGCCGCUGCGGCGAGAUGUUCUGCUGCGCGCACCGCUACUCGGACCGCCACGACUGCAGCUACGACUACAAGUCCGCCGCCAGGGACGCCAUCGCCAGGGAGAACCCCGUCGUGCGCGCCGCCAAGAUCGUCCGCUUCUGAAACGCCAAACCAUCAUCGUCGGAUCAUCCCAUAUACUAUUGCUCCACCCAGAGAGUCCCAGAGAGAAGAAACCACAAAUCUUCUGAAGUAAAAAAAUCCCCUCUUUUCUUCUUCUUCCCUUUCUUUCCUUUUGAAUGAAAAAUUAAAGGCGAGCAAACUUGUUGCCGUCCAUAUUGUUCUUGAGAGUUUGUUUGAAGAAAAGAAGGUGAGAAAAACGAAGGGAGAGGAGGCAAGAAAAUUAAAGGUGAUACUAGAAGAUGAUUGGUGGCCGGCCACGACGGAGGAAAAGAAGGAGAAGAAUAGUGCGAUGAUAAUGUUGGUGCUGUAGGCGGUGGUUGAGAGGAGAGAAAGAGACGGGGUUGGUGUGUACUGUUUGUUCCACGAUCUCUAUUUAAUUGAAUUUCCCUUUUGUAUAAAAUUAUCCCAUUCGUCAAUCCUUCUCCACUA